UAAUAAAUCAUCUCUCUCUCUCUCUCUGUCGCUUUCGCCUUCAAUGAUACAAAACACACUUAAAUCAGAAUCAUUGAAGGUUACCCGAAAAUAGUUUGUUUGAUAUUGCGUGCCAAACAAGGGGAGGGAGUUUCCAUUCUUGUGGGCCCAAUACUCUACUCUGUUUCCACUUUGUUCUCUUUCUAUUAAACAAAUUAAAUAAACAAAUCGGAUAAAAAAAGGGCACUAACUCUAUCCCUACUAACUCUCUCCUACGGUCCUACCAUUAAUAUUCUCUUAAAACCCGUAUGCACAUAACACUAUGUGCGUAUAAAUAUUUUUUAAAAUCCAAUUUUACCCUUUUCCCUCUCCCUCUCCCUCUCCCUCUCCCUCUCCUCCCUCUUUCUUCUUUUCCUCCUUUCACUAUCUUCCUUUCAGCAGCGGUAAGCCGAGCUCACUCGGUCCUUAACCAGCGGCAGUGAUAAUUUGCCCCAUAACUCCAUUCUGGCCAUGAAAACGGGGUGGUGGGUUUGGGAACGAUGAGCCACCACCGUACGACAACCGAGGGUUCUCCCUUACCCAUUAUAGUGACCCAAUGAUCGAUGGGCAGACAAACUGUCAGAGAGUGACGAUGAAGGUGUCAAUAGAAACUUGAAAUUUUGGAACCCAAUGCAGUGACGGUGAAGUUUCCGUAAUCAAGCGCGCUCGAAAACCCAGUGCGGUGACGGCGAAGUUUCAAGCGCUUUGGAUAACCCAGUGCGGUGACGGUGAAGUUUCAAGCGUGCCUGAGAACCCAGUAAUGGUGACGGUGAAGUUUCUGUAAUCAAGCGCGCCCGAGAACCCAGUGUGGUGACAGUAAGUUUUCGUAAUUAAGCACUUACUAGUAAAUUUCUCUCUUUUACUUCUUACAUACCAUAGAAGCUGCAUCAAGUUCAAUUUCUCUACGAAUACUGACGGUAAGAAAGAAAUUUGCCCAGUUGCCCUUAAAAAAAGAAGGGUGGCGGGUCGGGGUAGAGCUGUAGAAAAGUAAUUACCAUCUUUUCACUUCCGUUUGACGCGCAGGGUGGCAUCGAUCAGCGGCGCAGAUAAAUGCAAACGGUCCAUAAUUUAUAUGUAAAUAGACGGGCACUAAUUACCUCGCAAGCCCAGAAUGCGAGGAUAUCCAAUAAUACAGAAGUAAAAUGUCUUUCAUGAUUUUCAGUCCAGUGCUCCUACGGUGCACGUUAGAACCUUUUUAAAAGCCUCCCUCCGUACGUACCCUGUCGGUCGCCGGGUAAACUUCGGUAAGCUGGUAACGGUAAAAGAAGGGCUUUGGCAAUCAGAAGGGUUGAGAAAAAGACACCUCGAGAUGGACAAACAAAUUGUGAAAAGAAAGGCCCGUCGAGCUGUAUUUAUGACAUCAGUGCCACUUGUUACCUACCCACUCAGUUAUACCUAUUAUUAGAUCCAAAGAUUCUUUUCGGCUCUGUUUUACUCAUUCUCUUCUUCACUAUAGAGUUCAGACAGUUCAGUUGUUCACUCCUAAGUCAGUGAGGCCAUCCAGCCAUGGCUGCUGUGUCUUCUUCUCUGUUCCCUCUCCUUGUAUGUGCUAGAAUCUCAGGUCUGGUGGUUGCAGUUCUCGUUCUGAUAUGGGCGCUUCGCUUCAAGACAAGCUUCCUUCCUCACUCUUCCUCUCAAGAAGAUCCCAUUUAUGCUGUCCUUCAUCCUCUUUUAAUGGUGAUAGGUCUCAUAAUCAUCAGUGGAGAAGGUACCAUUCUAGUGCACCGAUGGUUGCCAGGUUCAAGAAAUUUGAAGAAAUCGGUGCAUCUGUGCCUGCAAGGAGUGGCUGUGGCUUCUGGGGUUUUCGGAAUCUGGACCAAGUUUCAUGGGGAAAAGGGGAUUGUGGAAAAUUUCUACAGUCUGCAUUCAUGGAUGGGACUCAUCUGUAUGUUCUUGUUCGGAGCUCAGUGGCUGAUGGGGUUUUUGAGCUUUUGGCAUCGUGGGGAGGUGCGAACAGUAAGGCUAAGAGUCUUGCCAUGGCACAUCUUUCUUGGUCUCUACACCUAUGGAUUGGCUGUGGCGACAGCUGAAACAGGUCUACUAGAGAAGCUGACGUUCUUACAAACAAGGAGGAAUGUAUUGAAACACUCACUGGAGUCGAUGGUGGUCAAUAGUUUGGGACUGGGGUUGGCUUUGCUUAGUGGUGUUGUAAUAUUGGCAGCUGUUUCUCCAAAGUAUCAAACUCCUACUAAACUCAUGUACUCAGAUACCAAAUGUUUGUCUUCAUAAGCCUGAUCAUUCUCAAGGUUGAGAGAAAGAAAGAGAGAAAUCUGUCAGUUGUGUGUCAUAUAAAAUUGUGCCAUUUUAUUCACUGAUGCCUGGAGUGAUGGUUGCUUGUAUAAAUUCCCAGAGUUCAUUGGUUUA